AUGGCUGCAAAUCAUAGAAGUGGUAAAGAUCAAACCGCUAUCGAUAUUGGCGAUGACUGCAAGAAAUGCAAGAAAUGCAUCUUCAGAGUUCCUAAGGUGCUCCGGAGACAAAAUAAAGAAGCAUAUACACCUGAUGUUGUUUCAGUUGGACCUUUUCACUAUCGAGUAAAGAGAGGGAAGGAGGAAGGAAAAGAAGACAAGGCAGUCCGAGAAAGCAAGGAAGGGGAGGAAGACUUCCAACUUAUGGAAGGAGUGAAACAGAGCUAUUUGAAUGAAAUUCUCGCAGGUAUGAAAAAUAUAAGUUUGGAAGACUUGACUGCGAAAGUUACUGAGCUCUCAGGUCAGAAGAAUGAAAGUACGUUUGAGGAACGAGCCCGCAAUGUCUAUGCAGAACCAUUUGAUCAUAUUUCUUCCCCAGACUUCAUCAAGAUGAUGAUAGUUGACGGUUGCUUCCUAGUUCAACUGUUUCGGAAGUGUAACGAUCCGAAACUCAGGGCCUUUGAUGACCCGAUAUUCAACAUGGAUUGCAUGUUUCAUUUCCUAUGCCAUGACCUUUUGCUUCUAGAGAAUCAACUACCUUGGUUUGUUAUCCACAGUUUGUAUAGACUUACCCUUGAUAUAUACCCUGGUCAUGAAGCCUCUCUCUCUAUUCUCAUCCUUAAAGCCUUCAGCAUACUACCAUCACUGAAGCAUAGUUGCUCAACCUAUACUACGCAUCUUAGUAAAACCAAGUGUCAUUGUGAUGAUGAUGUCCUGCACAUACUUGAUCUGGUAAGAGCUUCCAUAGUUAUUCCAUUAAGGACCAUAGAAGAGAGAGCGCUUAAAGCAGCUGGUAAAGAAGGUGUAUCCAACCCAGAAGAACAUCAAAUGCAUAGUGCAAGGGCCGAUCAAAAGAAGAUCAGUCCAGAAGGCAAGAGUGACAAUAAAGCCGAUCGUAAAGCUAUUUUUGACCCAGAUCACCAUCAAAUGCACACUGCGACCGCUCUCUCAAAGGCAGACAUUAAAUUCCAACCUGUUAUAAAGGAGAGCAUACUGGACAUCCGAUUCGAAGAAGGCGGAUUUUGCAGGAAUCGCAUUCUUAAGAUUCCACAGCUAAACGUUGGAAUGUCGUCGGAAACAUUAUUCAGGAACCUCAUUGCAGUCGAGCAAUGCUACCAUGGUUAUUCGAAUGAAAUUACAUCCUAUGCCAUCUUGAUGGAUAACCUUAUCUCUUCCAAGGAAGACAUGGAAUUACUUUGCAAGGAAAAAGUAAUAGGAAACUGGCUGAGUGAGGAAGAUGGUUGUAAGUUCUUCAGCAACCUAUACAAGGACAUCCCGCACAAUAAGUUCUAUUAUGCUGAUCUCUGCAUGCAGCAUAUGGAGUCAGACAAACAACAUUCGGACUUUCUUGCAGAAGUGACAGCUUACUAG